CCCAAGUGAGACCAUAUCAAAGCGUUCACGGCCCCAACUCUUAUGAACCAGCUCCCCAAACUCGUAGUCAACAUGGUGUUCUGAGCUGUUGCCUCUUGCCAACGGCAUAUGCAGCUUCCCCUCCCCUCUUUAUAUUCUCCCCUUCCCUGCCUAAUAUCUCAUUCAAUCGUGUCUAUUUGUUUCCUCCAUCGACUUUAACUUAUGCUCAAUGUGCCAAUCCACCUUUGAGAGCCCACGAUGGCCACGAUCGAGCCACGCUUAAUCCAUCUGCUCAACGAGCCGACGAGACCGCAACUCAACCAUGCCGAUCUUCCACCGCUUCAUUCCCUUGCAUUCCCUUCUGCCACAGAUCGAUCAUUGGCCCCAAUCGAGUCUGACACGAAUCAUCGUGGUGAUAGACCACUUGCUGACACGCAGUCUGUUAUUAACGCUGUUGAUUUAAUAAAUUUGACCAACGAUGAUAUUUCUUCUGAACCCCGCAAGGAAGGGAAUGCUCAGGAUGGAAAGAUUGUACCGGCUUCUGGAGGAUUUCCGCUGCGAGUAGCUUCAAGCGACUCGGAUGCUAUAGAACCAACCAAUUCAAUAAGUCGGUUAUUAGACGACGGUCCCGAGCUUCUUGAAGACGUAUCGAACAAAAAGCGACAGCGCAGCCUUCAUGUCAAAGAUGAUUUCAUGCAGCUCCCACAACCACUGAAAAAGCAAAAAGCCGCCCAGCAAGCGCCAGUAAUGCCACCGAUCAUCAACGGGCUUCACGAACCUCCACCUCACGCCGCUUUGUUUCCUCCUAUAUCGUCUGAUUCGUUUGAUAGCAAGGAUGGCUCGCAUAUGAAGACAAUGCCCGAUUUUACGCAGCCUUCCGCCCAGUCGUCCACUCAAGCGUCUCAAGAGGCUGAAUCGGUUUCGGUAGCCAGCAAAACGCGAAAGCGGACCAGCAAACCGAGACGGAAGUGGUCUGAAGAGGAGACAAACCAUUUGUUAUUGGGCGUCAAUCGACAUGGGGUCGGAAAGUGGACGAGCAUACUUGAAGAUGCCGACUUCAAGUUUAACGACCGGACAGCUGGGGAUCUUAAGGAUCGGUUCAGGACGUGCUGCCCCGAGGAGCUCCGCAAGUCCAACCGGUCGCUUGAACUAGACUCGCCUUCACGCUUCGACCGGGGGUCGAAGCAGAAGGGCAAGGCAGAUGUGCACUUGGAAAGGAUAUUGAUAGAUGGAAAUGGUGCAUCAACAAAAGACACGGCCUCAGCGAUGCAGCAAGAGGUUGACACUACUCCUAAACAGAAAAAAAGUCGAGCACAUCGCAAGAAGAUGGAGGAUCUUGUGGAGCUCGGUAUUCAUGGACCCUUCAAGAAGUCUCAUCGCCGCGAACGUCGACCUUUUACUGAACAAGAUGACAUGGAAAUUCUUCAGGGUUUAGAGAUCCAUGGACCCGCUUGGACCAAGAUUCAAAGGGACCCGCGCUUCCAUCUUUCCAGUAGGCAACCAACAGACUUGAGAGAUCGAGUACGCAACAAAUAUUCCAGUGUUUAUCAACGAAUAGAGAAAAGCAAUCUUCAAGUCAGGGAGAUGAGCCGAGGGAACGAUGUUAUGGAACCAUCUGUGAGAAUACCAGCUGGGAACUCAUUUAAACCUCGGAAGGCUACAACAUUAGAGCCACAAAUGAACCAGUCGACUUCGCGCGAAGAUCUUUCUCGAUGGCCAGCUCAGCAAAGAAUCGAGACUGGCGAAAUUAUGGGAGCAGGUCAUGUAUUCGAGUUCGGUGAAACUAUGCCACCUCAAUUCAUGGGCGGUGAAAUGGACAUCUCGCGCUUAUUACUUGACGAUGCCAAGCUUUCGCCAGCGAUUCCACGAUUUGGUAUUGAGGGCAUCCCUGGUCUUUCUCCACCAGCAAAUACCCCACAGAAAAGUCACAACAAAGAAGGAAUGCAACACCCGAGUAGGUUAUCAACAGUCGGGCCAGCAUCUAUAAGUCGCGGUGCUCUGCAUUAACGUUAUGAAAGUUAGGAGUCGGGAAAUUGGUUUGCAAUGUUAUUGGGCGUAUAUAGAUUGAGACUUGGAACUGGACGAACACACAGCACGCGCUGGUUAUCGAUCGCUUAUUACUUGUAUCUGAUGGUAUGUUUCGGCGCUGGAAGGAAAGAAAAACACGGGUGCCUCACCGGCAAAGAUGGGAAUGUUUCAAAAGUUGUACAUCGUCGAUUCUGUAAGCCGCUCAUGACAUCCAAAAAGGAUAUCUUGUCAUACUGACGCCGGCAAAGGUUUAGUUGAAGAUGACUUCAGGGGCAAACAUGCACGGGAUACACCAUGCAUAAUCUUAAUGAUAAGAUAAUUCAAUAAAACCAUUUGGUCAAAAGACCUAUUUGAGGUUA